AUCACUGUCUUAAAAUUAGUUAUUACACUGUUGUAUUUUUGGUUGAGGAAUUUUGUCAAACAUUUGGCGUGCGUUCUGCAAUUUCAAUGGAGAAAGCUGACUACAAGCUUCUUCUAUCGUCUCCUUCUGGUCUCUCACCAUCUCAGGUAUCGGUGGUUUUUGAUCAAUUAUAUGACAGGAUUCCUCAUCCUGAUAUUGAAUUAGAAAACUCCAUUGCUAAGAUUUGGGACGAAAGGGUACUGAAGAAUCCAUCAUUUUACAAUGGAAAAAAGUUCCGGUAUGGAGGUUACAAUGUGCCUAGUGGGAGUGGAUCAAACAAAGAUUCGCACGUAUGCCUCCACCUUGGUCUGACAGAAUAUAGGACCUUUGUGGGGACAAAUUUAAAUCCGAUGUGGGAAAAGUUCCUUGUUCCAUCAGAAGAUGACUCUAUGAUGUGUCAACAUAUGUCAAGUCCCCUGGGAAAUGGUGCAAUUGUGGAGACAUCUGACGAGAAAAUAGUUGUAUUGCAAAGAAGUCAUAAUGUUGGUGAAUUUCCUGGACAUUUUGUUUUCCCUGGAGGCCACCCAGAGCCUGAAGCAGUUGAAAUUGCUUCUCAUCAGCGCAGCAAAGACUUUAAGGACACUGAUAUGAUUAACAGGAAAGUUUCUCUUGAGAUGUUUGAUAGUAUUAUUCGUGAAGUGGUGGAAGAAAUUGGAGUACCUGCAACAUCUCUGAGCAACCCACUUUUUAUUGGUAUAUCCUGCCGGGUGUUGAAUGUCAGACCAGCUGCAUUUUUCUCUAUCAGAUGCUCCCUUAAGUCUGAAGAAAUUCAACAAUUGUAUCGCCAUGCUCAGGAUGGUUAUGAAUCAACCCAACUCUAUACAGUUUCAUUGGCUGAUUUGGAAAACAUGGCAUCUAAAAUGCCUGGGUGCCAUCAAGGUGGAUUUUCUCUCUAUAAGCUGAUGAUGGAAGCAUUAAAGAAUUCAUGAUUGUCCCUGGUACUGAUUUUAAUUCGUUAUUAUCAUAAGCUCAUGUCAAUCCUCUUCAAGAUGUAGUACUUGCAUGUCGCUCAUUUCAUGACAUGUUUUCCAAUUCCCAUCCUUGUAAAAUUUCAUUAAUGUAAGAUUGCUUUACAAAUAAAACUGGCUUACAACCCCAAAAGAAAAAACUGCAAGAGGCUAAAAUUGCUCAAA